GGAAGGUCAAGGCAAACAAAUAUGGCUGUCUAAUAUCUGUUAGUAAUUUAAAAUGUUUUGAUAAAAACGUGUUAUUCCUGUCAUUUCGACUCAAUCUUUGGUGGUUAAAGGUAGAUGUAAUCACUAUAAGGAAGUAAAAAAAGAGGAGUUAUGGUAAUAUCUUGUGCUUCAGCAGUGAUAAUGGCCAUUAACAUUAAGCAGAUUCAAAUGAAUGUCCAUUUUGAAUUGAGAAAUUAAUUUUGGCUGUUCUGAAGCUACUAUUCAAAGAAACAUCACUAUGUCUAGCUCAGUGUCAGAGGAAAAUUUGGAGAAAAAAUUUCAAGGUGUGGCAAACACUCAGGAUUCUAUACAGACUUUGUCUUUAUGGCUACUGCAUCAUAAAGCUCAUCAUCAAAAAAUUGUUGCUGCUUGGAUGAAAGUUUUACAGAGAGCAAAAAUUAGUCACAGAUUAACUCUAUUUUACUUGGCCAAUGAUGUUGUUCAAAAUGGGAAAAGAAAAGGCUUUGUACAGUUUGGAAACUCAUUUGCAGAAGUGUUACGGGAAGCUACAUUACUUGUAAGAGAUGAUCAAAUACGCUCGAAUAUUGGAAGAGUGUUUAAUAUUUGGGAAGAGAGAAGUGUAUAUUCACCUGAAUUCAUUGCAGAACUCAGAGCAAUUUUAGCAAAUACGCGUGUUCCAGCUACAGCGCCUUCUAAACUACUUGCAGAAUUCAAGCCAGAGAAUGUGAUAGAAAAAAUUAAAUCUGUUGUUAAGUUGGAACAAGACAUAUCUGCAAAGGUGUCAACUAUUAAUCUGAAUAAAUUGAAUGCCAAAAAGACUGAGAUUGUCCAGCAGUUUAAAGAUCGCACCCAUGGCCAACAGUUUAAAAAGGAUUUCGAUGCUAGUCUUAAUAAUGUUGAAGAUUUAAUACAGCUUAUGACUCAAGAAGUUGAAGAUAGGCAAGAGCUCAUAUUAUUGCUUGAACAAAGUGAAAUAUAUUAUGACACUCAAAGAGGAGAAGCUAAAAUUGUUGCAAAUGCUUAUAAAAACUUUGGUCAAAGAGUAAAAACUCUCCAGAAGAAACUUGAUGAGUUAAUAGCAACCUUUCCUAGUCCUAUACCAUCACCAUGUCCUGAUGCUCCAUCACCUACUACUUCAGACCAUGAGUUGGAAUUGAAACUCCCCAAUGAAAAAACACCAGAUGAGAUAGAAAACCUGGACAAUGUUCCAUCUCCAGUUGGAACGCCUGAAGGUUUAAAUCUUUCUCCUGAAACUAAAGAAGUGAAGACUGAAUCACAACCUGCGUCUACAAAUAGUGUAGGAAAUCCAAUACCUACGCUUUCAAAUUUCUUUUCACAUGAACAAAGUGGGAUGACUUCAUGGCUGGAUGCUUUUGCAAAUAAAAGCAAAUCCUUACCAGACCCUGCUGAAACCCCGAGAAAUGAUCCUAGUAGUCUUGAAAGUAGAUUGUCAAAUUUACUGCAAAAUAUUCCAAAUUUGCCAGCAGGGCUUCAAACUUCACUCUUCAGUAACGUCUCUUCAGGUAACAAUACUCCUCUGCUGGAUACAGCAAAUUCUCCGGUAUCCAAUAAAAAAGAUAAGACAAAUGACUCCCUGGCGGGAGUUGAUAUCACCCCCAAAGAUGAAUAUAGUGGACAGAACACUCCUCUUCAAGAUGAAGAUACUCAUUCAAGUCAUUCCUUCUUCACAAAAUUAGCUUCGAGUAACAAAACCCAUAGUCCAAAAGAUAUAUUAAAAGGCCUCACAAGUUUAAUCCAGUCUGCUUCCGCAGAGAAGAGUGAUGGAAUGCCAAAGAAGGAAGUAUAUUUUGAUCAUUCGAACCCCUAUAAUCCAUCAGGAGGAAUGUCUUCAUUUAUUAAAGAUAAUGCCCCAUCAGUUUCUCAGGCAUCACAGAUUUCAUCGUCACCAUCAAGUUAUUUUAGCUCACCUCAACCUGGACUGCCUGCACCCUUAAACACUUCACCUGUUGCUCAAACUUCAGCAUUAAAUUCAUAUCAAACUGUACCUUUACAUACCAUACCAUCAUAUUCAUCAAAACCAGAAUCUGAUGAAAAUGAACAUUUGUCAUACAUUCCAUCUCUAGUGCCUUCAACUGUCCACGAUGCAUUUGAUUUUGUUCCGGAUAGUUAUGGAGCUGAAGAGUACAAUCCAGAAAUGGAUCAUUUUGACACUGAUAUGGCCAUUGACAAUAUUGACAGCACAGAUGUGCCAUCUCCUGAAGCAGAACCUCCUGAAACUGUUAUCGAUAAAAUGCCUCGAUCUAUAGGAGGACGCAGGUUAAGUACUUUAAUUACUGUUGUGACCAAAGAUUCGCCGGAUGACAGUCUUCAUACAGACACACCAUACAGUUUAGAUACAAUGUACACAGGUGACAUAGAUCACAGAGUGAAAAACCCACCGACAUGGGAAAACAACUCUGUUGUAGUCACAGAGACAGUUCUAAGUGUUCCUCAAAGUUGUGUUACCACUACUACAGUUAUAUCCUCUCCUACUGAAGAAUUUUUCAUCGGCAAGGAAGUAUCUGUGCCUCCAUUUUACAACGCAUCAGUACCACCACCACCAUUGCCCCCUGUUAUGGAGCAAAAACCUAUUGAACUUGGACCGGUGAAUGGCCAAAAUGUGAAGCCAUUGGAACCAUUACCACAGAUUAUGAAUACGCCGCCUCCAAACUGUCGCCUUUCUCAGAUUGAAACUGUGCAAUCUCACCGGGAGAAUAUUAAUGGGAGGUGGUUUGGAGAUGACUGGUCUGAGCCUGAUCAUGAGGUCAGAUUUUAUGAACCAGAUUUCCCACCAAUACCACCACCUCCCAUGCCUGGACACAUACAGAAUCAGCCGCCACGGUUUUUUGAUAACAAAAGGAACUUCCCUCCACCAAAUUUCCAGCCUCGGAACAAUUGGAUGCCGAGGAAUCGUCCGGAUCGCUUUCAUCCUCACCAUCCAUACAGGUCCGGGCCACCUCCUAAUAACAAAAGAUUUCCUUUCAGAGGCAGAGGUUGGGGAAGGCAACAACCCAGGUUUUAAAAAAAAUAAACUCAAGUUCAAAACAAAUUUGUAAAUUAAAUGUACCAUAGUUUUCUUAACAUUUGUACAUUUUGUUGAUUUAUAAGUAAAUAUUGAUAGUUAUUUGUCCUUGGUUCUUUUGACACUUAAAAGAAAGCAGUCGUUACGAAAUUUUUGCUUUAUUUUGUCUUAAACUCAUACCUUGACAUUAUUGAAAAAAAGUUUUGUUUUAGUUUAAAUUUAUUACUGUUAUUACUACUUUUUAAAAGAGAAGUGAUGUUUAUGAAUUGCAUGUUGAAUACAUAUAUAUAUAUAUAUAUAUAUAUAUUUUUAUCUGGCACUAUGUCUUGCUAUUUUCAAACAAUA